AGUAAAUCUAGUAUUACUGGCUGGCAUAGCUAAAUCCUUUUGUUCCAUAACACAAAGAAAGCUCAACUUAACAAAUACCAUUACACAAACCAAAGCCGAAUCUUCAAACCCAGCUCCGGCGAAGGACACACCAGCAAAAUAUCGACGGCCGGAGAAGGCCAGCCGCUAUUUAGUUAGCGUUCUUAUGAAGCUCUCACAAAGGAAUGGAAGAUGUGGCAGAUCGAGAUCUAUUCACAUUAUUCGAGCAAUCAAAUUACCAGUUAUUGGUAUGGGAGGAGUUGGCAAGAUAUUUGGAAGACAACAUUCAAAAUUAUGUCAAAGAAGCCAGGGAAAUACCCAUAGAUCCCCACCAGGUUGGAGUAAUCAUUUUGUGUCAAAACGAAAGUAUCAUGUGAUUAUACCGAAGUGUUAUUUGAAGGAUGAUGUUUUCGAUAUACAGAAUCACCUCUUCCAUGGGUUUGGUUGCUUCCCAUUAAUGGGAUUGAAGGUGUUUCAUGGGUUUGGUUGCUCCGCAUUAAUGGGAUUGAAGGUGUUUCAUGGGUUUGGUUGCUCCGCAUUAAUGGGAUUGAAGGUCUUUCAUGGGUUUGGUUGCUCCGCAUUAAUGGGAUUGAAGGUGUUUCAUGGGUUUGGUUGCCCCGCAUUAAUGGGAUUGAAGGUCUUUCAUGGGUUUGGUUGCUCUGCAUUAAUGGGAUUGAAGGGGGUUGUAAGUAUAUUUGUGGAAGAGAAAUCAUGGACCUCUGGGACUGAAUUUGUACAAUUCUUCCGGUCUAAACUCCCUUAUUGGUUGAGUUUCUUUGUGUUUGUGAACAUUAACAAAUGCUAGUUAUGACGGAAUAUCACUGUUGAAGAUGUGUCAAAGAAGAAGGUCCAUGGAUCUUGGCCUACUCCAUGGACUCGCAUAUGGGCAUCCAUGAUUUAGUAGAUGGGGGAUACAGACUCUACCAUGGAAGGCUAUUCGGCUAAGAAAGAGUGAAAAAACUUGUUUUUCUCCCAUUUCCACUUGGUAUACUCAAUCCAACCACACAAAAUUUACAUCUAAAGUAGAUGUCUUUUCAAGUAUAAACCUAGGAAACUUUUGUUUUGGCGUCCCCCACUGUUGAAGAUGUGUCAAAGAAGAAGUCCAUGGAUCUUGCCCUACUCCAUGGAGUUGCAUACGAGCAUCCAUGGUUUGGUAGAUCAGGAUACAUACUCUGCCAUGGAAAGCUGUUCGGCUAAGAAAGAGUGAAAAAACCUGUUUUUCUUCCCAUUUCCAUUUGGUAUACUCAAUCCAACGGCGCAAAAUUUACAUCUAAAGUAGAUGUCUGUAUAAACCUAGGGAACUUUCGUUUUGGCGUCCCGCACUCUCUGCCUUGUGGUGCAGAUUUGUAUCAUCACACAUAUCAAAUUAUCUUGUUUCUUUUACAAAAAAAGACAUGGAUAUUUAUCUAAAGCUUUAUGCUAUUUCAGUGUAAGAUCUAACAUUUGUACCUUAAAUAUUCUCAAAAUUGUAAAUUAAGU